CACGAAGUUUCUGGGUCAACGCCACUGACAGCAUGAACACGAUACCCUUGGCUGCUACCACCUCCAAGAUCUAUAAGCUCAAAGCUGCGGCAGGACCCAAAGCCAACGCUGCUCUAGUCCAAUUACAAGUUCAUAGAGCAGUUGUUCUUGCCGCGUCCUCGGAACAAACAGGCAGAGAUGUCGGUCAAGCACUCUGGCCAUGUCAGCCUAUAGGGGUCAUGUGCGCGUCCUCCUAGAAACCAUAUGUGGGGCCGGCUUCGUUGGGUACAUGUCCAGCCUAGCUGAAGAGAACAAGAAUGAUCCCUGUUGUUGCAGCAUCAACCGCUGGGAACCAGACGCAAGGACAAAUAAGCUCUCGUGGGCAGAGAGCCAAAAACCCAACAGAACCAGGGUCGAAUCCGCACUUAGGAUAUCCAACCCCAUUUUGGCCAUGUGAACUGGUGUUUAAAGCAGUUUUCAUACGCAUGUCUUUGGCAUUGAAGCGAUUCAAGACAUUGGCGCUGACCAUUCAACAGAGGCAGAUCAUGUCUUCAAUCAAUGCAUUGCACAUGUUUCUGCGCAUGCAUGUUUGAAAGGGUUUCUUCCCAGAUCUUUCCAGACAUUGAAGUUUCAUGCGGACAGGAAUCUGGUUUUUCAUGUUAUUGGGAAUCCCAGCGAAUCCCCAAGACUUAACGCUGCACCCCCAUAAUGUGUCACGUAGUUCUUUUGCAUCCUUGCACAUUCAAAUUGCAAAAGAAAUAUAUACAUAUAUACACUGUUGAUGUUGCGUUUGUUUCGCUUCUCAUCCAUGCACACUUCGUGGAAAGAGCCUGCCCAUCUCUGAAGAGCCAAGCCCUUUGGAUGGCAGGACCCAUUUGAGCCAACAGGGCUGCAGGCUACGUUGGAUUGUCAAGAUUUGCGCUCACUUUGCGCAGGUCGUUCGCCCAGGGCCUUUUGCACAGGUAGCGGCGCUGGGCUUUGGCUCAAGAUGGGUGCGGGUUGGGAUGGAUGGCUUGUGAUCCUGCAAGCUUCGCAUGCUGAGCCGGCGGCGGCGUGCAUUCCAUUUGCGCCGCGUUAUGCUUGCAGCCGGAUUGUGGAUGAAAUUGCGGAAACGCCGGAGGUGUGCUCCCACAUCACGACAAGAUUCUGAGAACCCAUUGCUCACCGCCACCAAGAAAGGGUCUGACGAAACCAUGGAUGUCGAAGAUGUAAUGGACGGAGCACCUUCAGAUGACAAUUUCGAGCCGCCGCAGCCAAGAGGGCCAGUGCGCUCAAGGAAGCCCCCUACACGCAAACCUGGUGAAGAAGGAGACACCCUGCCAAGUGGCCCAAAGCCUCGCAAGAUACAGCUGCUGCGAUCUGUUUUUGAGGGUCGGCCGCCAGUGGUUCUCUUCAGCUACACGCAAGCUUGUUGUGCAGAGCAGCGACCCUUGGAUCGUGCAGUUCCAGCUGAUGAAGAUGGUCCGCGAAUGUUCUACAGCCACACUGAUGCAAUCCACCAGUACAAUGCAGUGAUCAAUAUUCUUCGGCAUGGGGGGUUGUAUCGAGUGCGAGCUGAAACAAACAGGUGGACAGUUUUGUGGUCCUUGCAUCCAACGCCAGAGCAGCUCCAACGCUUUAGUCCUGUGCAGCGGGCGAAUCAUUUUCCCGGCUCCUACCACUUGGGCCGAAAGGAUCUCAUUUGGCGAAAUCUUGCAAAGAUGCAGCAGCGCUUUGGAAAAGAGUAUCAAAUUACACCGCAAGGCUAUAUUUUGCCCAAGGCAUUCCUUGCCUGGGAUGCUGCUAGACUGCGCCAAUCAGAUGCCUUGUGGAUUUGGAAGCCUUGCAGCCAAAGCUGCGGCAGAGGAAUCACUGUACUUAGUUCAGAUGUGCCUGAGGAACAGCUGCGUGACCUCGCGAAGAAGCGCGGCAUCAUCCAGCGAUACAUCCCAAACCCACUUCUCAUCGGUGGCCGCAAGUUUGACAUGCGCAUCUAUGUCGUAGUACUGUCGUAUGACCCGUUGAAAGUGUUCAUCAACGACGAGGGUUUGGUUCGUUUUGCGACUGAACUCUACUCCGAUGCCGUUGAAACCUUGCAGUCCAGGAUGAUGCACCUCACAAACUAUUCUGUGAAUAAGCAGAAUCCAGCUUUUGUUCAAAACCUUGAUGGGCAGGGGGAGGAGGAAAAGGAGGAUGCUGGAGUUGAUGAAGCAGGGCAGCCAAAGGCUUCAAAAUGGUCCUUGAAGGAGUUGCGGAUCCACUUUGCCAGAGAAAGCUUGGACUUUGAUGCUUUGUGGGAGGCUAUGAAGGAUUUGGUUAUCAAGACCCUCAUUUCCGUCGAAGAGCCUUUGAAGGCUGAUUGGUGUAAGACGCUGGGCAUUGAGGAUGGCGGUUGGUCAGCUCGUGGCCCUGGAGGAGCUCACAGAGGCAGCUGUUUUGAGAUUUAUGGAUUCGACAUUUUGGUGGACCGGAGCCUCAAGCCGUGGCUUCUAGAAGUCAACAUUUGUCCAUCUUUGUCUUCAGGGUCCCCGCUUGACAAGAGAAUCAAGACAAAACUAGUUGCGGAUGUUCUUACCCUUGUUGGCGUCCAUCCACCAGCAGCGCUGUGGAAACUGAGCCCCGAGUCUGUGCAUUGGCCCGCUUCUGGCAAUGUGAGCCCAUCCGAUGACAAUGAAGCAGCUGCAGGCUGCCUGAUCUCGGAGGACGAAAUGAGAAAGCGUGCUUUGAAGCUUGUCCUUGGAACCCUCUUCCUUGUUCAAGAUCAAUUGUACCUAGCUGGCCAAAGCAACAAGCUCAGAAAAAAGCGGCAGCUUUUUCUGUUCAUUUCUCAAGGCCGCUUUCCCAGAACAUUGUCAGGCCCACAGGAAGCUGUGUCUCUUUUUGAUGAGGUGGCUUGGGAGCUCGUCGUCGAAGCGCAUGAUCAGGAGAUGCGGUCGGGUGGGCUCGAGAUGGCAUUCCCUUGCCCCAAUGGCUCCAGGUAUGUGCAGUACUGGGGUGAAGAAUCGUACUGCAAUCUUGUUCUCCGAAAAUGGCAAGAAGCUGGCGGGGAUGCCAUUUUCCGCUCGAAGAAGCUACCUCCAUGGGUUCCACGUCAAGUGUGCUUCAGCAAGACUUGACGCCUCAAGGGUGUUGCAACAUAGACACAGACCCCAGAUAGAUCAUGACUAUAAGCUGAAACAUGCACAACGUACACAGAGUUGAUUUUGGCCUUGCCAGUCAACAAGAUCACUUGUUUCACCAGUUCAGCGCAGUCCGUCGCUGUCGUGUCACCAAGCCACAAGACCAGGC